UUCCCCUUCGCUGCCAAGUCAAGCAAACGAGCAGAGCACUCAACACAAGCGACCAAACAGAGCAGCUUCAGCAGCAGCUGCUGCCUGCGAGCGGCAACCAACGAGCCCGGCCCUUGUCUGUCCGGCUGUCUGUCGCCGUCCACCGAUCAAUUCUUCUUCCUCUCGAUCUCCCAUGGCGGCAGCCAAGAAGUCCGUAUCACGGCUGGCGCAGCGGCUGGUGCUCCCGGCCGAGCCCACGCCGUCCGGCCCGCUCCGCCUCUCCUGGCUCGACCGCUACCCGACCCAGAUGGCACUCAUCGAGUCGCUCCACGUCUUCAAGCCCGCCCCCGCCCGCCACGCCGACGCCUGCCCCGGCCCGGCCCGCACCAUCGAGCGGGCCCUGGCCCAGGCCCUGGUCCGCUACUACCCGCUCGCCGGCCGCCUCGCCUUCACCGACGACGGCGGGCAGUCCCACGUGGACUGCGGCGGGCCCCGCAGCGGCGUGUGGUUCACCGAGGCCGAAGCGGCGUGCGGGCUGGAGGACGUCGACUACCUGGAGCACCCCAUGAUGAUCUCCAAGGACGAGCUCCUCCCGCCCACGCCCGCCGCCGAGGAGGGCGACGAGCGGAGGCUCGUCCUUCUCGUCCAGGUCACCUCCUUCGCCUGCGGCGGCUUCGUCGUCGGGUUCCGCUUCAGCCACGCCGUCGCCGACGGCCCCGGCGCCGCGCAGUUCAUGGCCGCUGUCGGAGACCUCGCCCGCGGGGCAGAGUCCCUGUCAAUGGAGCCGCAGUGGGGCCGCGACGCGGUCCCUGACCCGGCCGGCGCCGUCGUGGGAGCUCUCCCGGACCCCGCCGGCGCGAAGCGGCUCGAGUACCUGGCCAUGGACAUCUCCGCGGACUACAUCGACCACUUCAAAGCCCAGUACAACUCCACCAACAAUGGCGGCGCCCGGUGCUCGGCGUUCGAGGUGCUGGUGGCCAAGGCGUGGCAGAGCCGCACCCGCGCGGCCGGCUUCGACCCAUCCACCACCGUCCACCUCUGCUUCGCCAUGAACGCCCGCCCGCUGCUCCACGCGUCGCUCCCCUCCGCCGGCGCUGGCUUCUACGGCAACUGCUACUACAUCAUGCGCGUGUCCGCGCCCGCGGGGAAAGUCUCGGGUUCCUCCGUGCCCGAGGUCGUGAAGAUCAUCAAGGACGGGAAGCGACGGAUGCCGGCGGAGUUCGCGCGGUGGGCGAGCGGGGAGGCCGGCGCCGGAGGGGAAGACCCGUACCGGAUCACGUCGGACUACCGGACGCUGCUGGUGUCGGACUGGACCAGGCUCGGGUUCGCCGAGGUCGACUACGGCUGGGGACCCCCGGCGCAUGUCGUGCCGUUGACGAACCUCGACUACAUCGCCACCUGCAUCCUGGUGAAGCCAUGGGCGCACAAGCCCGGGGCAAGGCUCAUCACCCAGUGCGUCACGCCUGACAGAGUAGCUGCGUUCCACCAGGGCAUGCUCGACAUGAACUGAUCGAGCUGAGCUCGCCGGAGCCGAGCACGACGAUGAAUCGAAGCCGAAGGCCAGAGGAAUUGAUUGAUUGCGCGGUUAAUUAGAGAGGUUGUUGUGUUUGAUUGGUUUAAAGGAUAGGUGGGUGUUCAUGGUUGGUGUGUGGAAAUUGGAAAUAAGAGGGCAGUUCCUGGAAUUGGGGAGUUGACAGUUGGUUCUCGGUUGAGUUUGGCGGGAAGCCACCACACUAAACUAAUGUUGGACUUCUAAGGAUUAUAUUAUCCCAAAUUUAAUUACACUGCGAAAAUCUCGAGCUUUUUUAAGAAA